AAAUAUUAAACGCGUUAUUCAUAUAAUCUCUCACCAAACAAACGCAUAAGCAAAAAAAAAUUCCUAGAAAGCGCUUAUCUCUCUCAAAACACCUCACCUUUUGAAUUCAACUAAGAAAACGACAACAAAGAUGUAUCAGAAGACAAUUCCCAUGGCUACUGCCACCGCCGCCACAACGCGGUGGCCGACUCAGCCAACUCAGUGGACUCGUGAAGAUGACAAGCUUUUCGAGAGAGCUCUUUUGAUGGUACCGGAAGAUUUACCUAACCGGUGGGAAAAGAUCGCUGAACAAGUUCCCGGUAAGUCUGUGGCGGAAGUUAGGGAUCACUAUGAGGAUUUGGUACAUGAUGUGUUGGAAAUUGAAUUAGGUCGGGUUGAGGUUCCGAGCUAUCCUGAUGACUUGGCGGCGGUGAGUGGUGGUGGUGGCGGUGGAUUGUCUGAUUGGGAUUCUUCGAAUCAAAUAUCGUUUGGUUCAAAGAAUAGAAAUAGUGAUAACGAGAGGAAGAAGGGAACACCGUGGACUGAAGAAGAACACAGGCUGUUUCUUGUUGGGCUUACCACAUAUGGCAAAGGAGAUUGGAGAAGUAUUUCAAGAAAUGUUGUCGUGACAAGAACACCGACACAGGUUGCAAGUCAUGCUCAGAAGUACUUUCUUCGCCAGAGUGCAGUGAAGAAAGAGAGGAAAAGAUCAAGCAUUCACGACAUUACAUCGGUAGACACUAAUAAAGCUCCGAUGCCUAUUGAUCAGAACUGGGUUCCUCCUCCCGGUGGUCAGCCUCAACAAAAUCAUCAUUACCCCUCGAACAAUUUGCAUGAUCAAAUGGGUUCAUUUGGGUAUUCAAACUAUGGAUUUUAAAUGCAAAGAAUGGUAGAAGGAGUGUGUUUUUGUAUAUAAAUGCAUUAGAUUUUAAGUUAUCGGUUUUUAUUUGUGGAGUUUAUGGUGUUGGUAGUUGACAGUCACUAGGAGUAUGUUGAUAAUUGAAUUAUUAGUGGUUUUAGUUACUUAAAACAAAUAGGGAACUUUUAGGAAUGAAUUUUACAGGAAUUGAAAAUUCUUUAUCUGUCCAAUUCAAUCAUAACUGCUUUGUAAUUCUUUAUCUUUUUUAUUUGUAUAUGUUUUAACU